AGGGCUGGUUGCGGCGCUACUUGUAUCCGAGUGAGAAGCUGCCAGACACAAAGUAGCACUUGGUGUUUUCGGAGCCAGGCCGGCUAGGAGGCUGAGUAACGGGGACUGGACCGGACUAGCACUCCCUGACUAUGCCGUCUCACAACUGAGAGGUAGCCAGCUGCCCUCCCUGUGACAGGGUCCAGACAGCAAGCAGAUCUCAGCCAGCGAAGGUUCCCCCCCUCUCUCUCUGUCCCCCCCCCCCCUCGCUCUCUCCCUCCCGGGGCCGCCUGGCUGCCUUUAUUUAAUUUUAUUUAUUUUUUCCCCUCCACUUCCCCAUCCAAUAUUAAAUGUACAACUUGAUGGGUCUGAACAGCACAGCCGCAACGAAUCAGCCCAAUGUUUCCUGCACAUGUAACUGCAAACGCUCUUUGUUCCAGAGUAUGGAGAUUAAGUCGAAUUUGCUACCACGUGGAGAGGUUGAAGCUAAUAGCACAGAUAAACACAUGAGGGAGGAAGGAAAUAGAGCUGAGCUGGAGUUUGUGCAGAUUAUCGUGAUAGUGGUGGUGAUGAUAGUGAUGGUCGUGGUGAUCACCUGCCUCCUCAACCACUACAAACUCUCCACACGAUCGCUAAUAACCAGACAGAGCCAAAUGCGAAGGCAAGAAGGCAACCUGCAGUCGCACCAGAUCUACACGCCCAGAACGACAGACAGGCUGACGGUGCCGUCGUUCCUACACCGUGACCGCUUCAGCCGCUUCCAGCCCACCUACCCCUACAUGCAGCACGAGAUCGACCUCCCCCCCACCAUCUCGCUGUCGGACGGUGAGGAGCCCCCUCCCUACCAAGGCCCCUGCACCCUCCAGCUCCGCGACCCCGAGCAGCAGAUGGAAUUGAACCGGGAGUCGGUGCGGGCUCCGCCGAACAGGACGAUCUUUGACAGCGACUUGAUAGACACGUCGAUUUAUAACGCUGGACCCUGCCCGCCCAGCUGUAACUCUGGCGUCAGUGCCACCAGCUACAGCAGCAACGGCAGAAUGGAAGGACCACCGCCCACUUACAACGAGGUCAUCGGUCACUACCCGGGGUCAACGUUUUUCCAGCAUCAGCAGAGCCACGGCGUUCACUCUCUGAUGAGUGGAAGCAGACCAGAACAACCUCAGAACAAUGGCCUCGAGGGGACAGUUCUCCGGAACAGCAAAGACAAAAAGACAGGGCACCCCUUCUGAGACCGACUUUGUGCACUUCAAUGAAAGCUAGAGAGUUUGGGUGAGCUGGAAGGUGUGCUCAGCUAUGCUUGCUGCCUCCCACUCCCCCUCCUCCCUCUCUCCAACAACCCUCCCCCCUCUCCCCAAACACUCCUCCAUGGUAUAAAAUACUUAGUUAUCUUGCAUCUGAAUUGAACACUCAAGCAUAAAGUUGCAGGUGGUUCCACAAGCUAUAUUAGAUAAGGGAGUUCCAGUACCCUGUUUAAACUUAAGGUCUCUUUUAAAGUAACACAAUGUGCGUAAAAAUGCUGUCUUUAAUUACCUUAACUUUAAAGAAACAUUUGCACAAAAUUUUAUGUUUGAAAACCUGCAAUAUGUCUAAUGAGAAACGUGCAUGUGGAAGCAGGCAUAUUUUUGUAACAGAAAUGGCCUAUAUGUUUAGUUCCCAGAUGAGAGAAAUGGCAGUUUUUUGAGUGCCAUAUCAAUGUGUCUCUAACAUUCUGUAUUUAAAAAAAACAGGGGUUUAGAGUUAUUUAUGAACACUUUUAAAACAUUGCACUAUUUUGUAAUAUGAGUAACAAGCUGAUGCUUGUAAUAGCAAUGGCCUCCAGUGUCUGCAACAAUGUAUAAGCGAGCUACACGCAUUUGUAGGUAAAUUGCUGGCUCCAUUGGGAAAAGAAAUUGCAUUUAUACUAGAACAUAGAGCAAAGCUAAAGCAUUACAUGACAUUCAAAAGAAAUUCUGUUACAACACUAGAUAAUGGGAUUUGCAAGGAAGCAUGUCUUGUGGCUCUGAUGCGAUGGACCUAAUACUGUGAAUCCAGUGUGCAGUACAGCUCAAACAAAAGACCAUCAGGCUACAAGAUAGUUGGGAAGAUAACCAAAGACGUUAUGUCCUUUUUAUACCCAGUGUGGGGAAAUAAACCAUGAUUUGUGAC